CUUUGGCUCAAAUUGGAGUAAUUGGAACGCAACUUUUGUCGCCAUGUGUACGAAAGUUUCUAGGGAUAUUCCAAUUGGAAAGCACCCUGUGCUUUCUGAACUGUACUAUAAAACUGCUAUCACAUAUGUACGUAGCUUGUGACAAAAUGUCUCCAUCUGAUUUUGACAGUUGACGUCCAGGUUUGCAUAUAACAAUGGCUGAAAGUGAUGAAACAUCAACGAAACUGAAAUCUGAAAUUUCUGGAGAGGUUAUGAAAGAGACGGAGGCCGAUAUCAGUCGUUAUUUCGAGAAUGCGUCCCGUACGAUAUUCGACGAGAUCGUUUCACCGAAGAAACAAGAUUUUUUUGAAGUACAAGGUGGUUCUGUGAGCAGAAUUCCAGAUUUCGAAUUAAUGACUAAUCGUUCCAGUGGUAACGAGCGACCCGAUCAUAGUGCCAUGAACGAUAUGCACAAAGAUAUCUGGAUACCAUCCGAACAGACACGAAAAGUCUUACGGAGUAUCGCUACGUCGACUACUGGAUCUAAUUCCCUCGACAGAGAUAACUUAACAAUGCCAGGACUGGCAAUACAAGGAGACAUGCCUGAUUUAAUAAAAAGUACUGCCAUUCAUUUUCUGGGUGAAGAUGAAAAUAUUCACAGGAAUGUACUUACUGCAUCCGAUGUAACACAGGAUGAACGUGGCUUGAGAAACUUAAUACAGGCUGGCUGUUACAAAGCAGCAAUUAAUUUAUCAGGAAGACUUUUAGCUGUAUAUGCUCAAGGAUAUGGCAAGAUAAACCAGCCGAGCAAGCAUACCCCGCAUUCUUUGCAAUUAUGGUUCACAAGGCUUGCUUUACUGACUAAACUUAGGCAAGUAGAUGUAUUAGAGAACGAAUCGAAACCAUUUGGUAAUUUAGACAAGCCUGAUAUGUACUUUACAUUUUAUCCUGAACUUUAUGGUACUAGGCCAGGUUCUAUGGCUUCCUUUUCCUUUAGAUUACUUUUAGCUGAAAUACCAUUGUAUUGCAAGAAACCAAAGCAAGCACUGGAUAAUUUAUUUAAGGUUCUAGCCACAGUAAAUCAAAUAAUAGCUAAUUUUAAUGCUGGACUCUGUGGAGAUGGAUCUCGUAUUAAAGUUAACGCGGCCGAGCAAAGAGAUGCUUUGCGACUAUGGAAAGGCAGAAAAUUAAGAGUCCUUAUAUCUGUUGCUAAUUGUGCAGUCAGCACGAAGAAUUAUGUCCUGGCUAUAGACAUUUUAGAAAAACUAUGCGAAUUUCCCGAUUGGACUGCCGAAGAAUUAGAUGCUCUAAAAUCGAGUAUAGGGAGGUUACGUUUAUUUUUGGGAGAUGUUUCAGCAGCAGAGAAAUUACUUAUCACGCAAAAGAAACAGGACAGUGGUUUAAGCGUCAGAGAGUUGAUGAACAGAGGAUUAAUGGCAGUAGCACAGAAUGCCUUUCAAGAUGCGUAUACAUGCUUCAAAGCUGCAGCUACAAUGGAUCCUUCGAAUGUCGUGUUAACUAAUAACAUGGCUGUUUGCCUUUUAUAUACAGGCCAAUUGAAAGCAGCAGUACACUUAUAUGAAAGUGCAAUUACAAAAAACCCUGUAAAAAGUUUACAGGAACCUAUACUAUUAAACAUAUGCAGUGCAUAUGAAUUGCAUACAAUUCAUUGUGAGCAACCAAAAUUACAUCUGUUAAGCCAACUGAAUAGAUAUAAAGGGGAUGCUGUAGAUAUUCAGUGUCUAAAACUUGCUAUGUAAAGUAAUCCUAAUUUUAAAGGAAACUAUUUUAUUCGUCCAUGUAUAGUAUAUGACAAGCUACAGAAGAAAUUAUAAAUCUGUUAUUUAUUUAUAAAAGGAAUUACAUUAAGCAGUGUGUAAAGUUUAUCAAUAAAAUUCAAUUUCGAUUGAGUUUAAAAAAAAA